AGGUAGUUCCAGAAACGAAAGUCUUGCGACUUGCAAUUUUUUCAUUUAUUUUCUGUCGUCAUAUUUUAGCCACGGAAUCGCGUACGCGUUUUGUCUUUUGUGGAUUCUUAUUUAUUUUAUGUUCGUUCUCCGUGGAAAGUUUGUCGUGUUCUCGCGAAUUUAAUUCGUUCACACUUCGAUUAUUGGAAGACCUCUGCAUUGGUCCGGAGGAAGGUUGGUGGUGUGCCCGGCUCUUCCCUGGUGCAAGCUAAGUGGAAGGAUCAACAAUUCAUCCCAUCUGUGAGCUUCCGUCCAGUGGGGCGCUACCAUUUUAUAUGACUUUAGCAAGAUAUACAGAGACAUCAGUACAGUGCGAGGAGAGUGGUCGGUGUGUCACGUCCAGGGUUGCCGGCUGCCGACGAGCGUGCAUGACGUCACACACACUCAGCAAUACUGCGCGCAGAAGAUCAAAGUUUAGCGGCAACAGACAUCGGAAGCUGCUGCCCCUUCGGCAGACGUGACUGACGCGCGCGGCCGCCGGCCCGCACGCUGUAGCGCCCCGCCCCCGAGCACGACGCGCGCCCGAUCCAGUGUCAAAAAGAAACCACCUCUGUCACUAGUUAGGAUAUAAAAUUAAGGUCAGCAGCCAUGGGGUCCGUGAACGUGAACCGCAAUGUCGCGGACGCGUUCUACCGCUACAAGAUGCCGCGGAUCUGCGCCAAGGUGGAGGGCAAGGGCAACGGGAUCAAGACGGUCAUCGUCAACAUGGUGGAAGUCGCCAAGGCGCUUGGCCGCCCGGCUACGUACCCGACGAAGUACUUCGGGUGCGAGUUGGGCGCUCAGACGCAGUUCGACUACAAGAACGAGCGGUUCAUCGUCAACGGCAGCCACGACUCCGCCAAGCUGCAGGACCUGCUCGACGGGUUCAUCCGUAAGUUCGUCCUGUGUCCGGAGUGCGACAACCCUGAGACUGAGCUGAUAGUCAGCCAGCGCCGCAACACCAUCUCGCAGGGGUGCAAGGCGUGCGGUUACCACGGCCAGCUCGAGUUCACCCACAAGCUCAACACCUUCAUACUGAAGAACCCGCCUGCCGCCGACCCCGGCAUGCAGGGUUCUUCACUGACGGAGGGUAACCGCGGCAAGCGCUCCAAGCGCAGCGGCCAGACCGCCAACGGCAACCACGAGGGUGGGGACGAAGCUAAGAACGAGAGCGACGUACCGGUGACGCCGACCACGCCCAACCCUAAAAGCAGCAAGAAGAACAAGAAGCACGACGAUGAUGAUGACGACGGCAACUGGACCGUCGACGUCAGCGAGGAGGCCGUGCGCGCGCGGAUGCAAGAUCUGACGGACGGCGCGAAGAGCAUGACGCUGAGUGAAGACAGCGAGAAGAACGAGAAGCAGCGCAUGGACCUGUUCUACUCCUACAUGAAGCAGAAGUCCGACGCCGGCGACGUCGACGCACCCAAGGCCAUCACCGAGAUCAUACACGAGGCUGACAGGUUGGAGGUGAAAUCCAAGGCGUUGUUGGUCGCGUUCGAGGUAGUCGUCCGUGCGAGCGCUCUAGCGGCGGACGUGCGCAAACACCGCACGCUGCUGCUGCGCCUCGCCCGCCUCGACCCGCGCGCGCCCCGCGCCGCGCUGCACGCGCUCACCGCCAUGGCGCACCACGACGCCGCGCUGCUGCCCAAAGUGCCCGCCAUACUCAAGCUGCUGUACGACCUGGACAUAGUGGACGAGAAGACGAUCCUCGACUGGGCCGCGAAGCCGUCGCGCAAGUACGCGUCGCGUGAGACCGUCGCUGAGGUGCUGAAGAAGGCUCAGCCGUUCAUCGACUGGCUGCAGCAGGCCUCGUCCGAGGACGAGAGCGAUGCUAGUGAGGAGGACAUUGAGAUCGAGUACGACGACCGCGCGAAAGUGGCGCCGAUUAAGCCGGUCGCCGCGCCCGCCGCCGCCAAGCCCAAACCCAAGCCGGAUGAUGACGAGGACAUCGAUGUCGACAUCGACGCCAUAUAGACACCCUCUGCAAUGUAUUGGUCGCGUAACCCUAGUCUUAAAGUUACUAUACAAUAUCUUCACACUAUAAGAGAAUUUGGAACUAAAAUAAUACAUUCAAAGAAAGCGCUGCCUACUGGUGACACAAAUCCAAAACUUACACAAUAUCAUACGGUAGACCAUCUUGAUACUGUAACGCCAACACACAUUGUAGCGUUACUACAGUGUUUAGUCUAGUAACAUGUUGAGUAGUGCAUAUAAUAUGCAAGGAUAGCAUUAGUUUCGAAACGUACGAAGAAAAAGCAACUUUGAGAUUGGUGUAAUGCGACCUUUACUUGUACAAUUUUAGAUGAUCUAAUACGUUUUAUUGAUCGCGUCAUUUUGCGCUAGUUCAUGCUCUAUUCCGUUGUUUACCUCUAUCAAGGGCAGAGUUUUGCCAAAGCACGGACCCCAUGUGUAAUAGAAAAUAAGACUGUGAAUUUUAGCGGCUAUAUUCGAAUUGUAUGAGCGGAUGUAUAUUGUAUGUGUAUCAUUUUGUAUAUCUUUUCCUAACGAGAAUAGAUUUUAUUUAUACGCAACUUUCGGUCACAAAAUUCUCCUCUUUGGAUUUGGAUUCUUGAAUUUGCUGUGCAAAUAUUCACCUAUACACGUUCAAAGUUUGUUCCUAAAUAUAGAUUGUUUUAUAUUUAAUAUAUUUGCUUUAUUUACUUUGGGAUGGACAUGUGGGAUGCGCAGGAGUCGAUGGGAGUACUAAUACAAUUAGCUCAUUAUUAAAAUGCUUGUAAUAGAUGUAAAUGUAAAUUUUCGCACACAAGGAGGGAAUUUGGUUCGAAAUUGUGAUUGUACGGCCGCUGACUUGUAGGUUGUCUCAAAAAUGUGAACCACUAUAAUGUAUGUGUUACCUAAAAUUUUGAAUACCGAUAGAUUGCAAUAUAAACAGUGACAUUGUAAAAUAUCGACACAUUUGAAAUGAAACUCAGCUCUCGACACUGAUUGGUUGGCUGAUAUUUUCCGUUUAACCAAUCAGGGCGCAAGCUGCAUUCCGUUUUACGAACUUUCGAUAUUUUACAACGUCGUUAGUUCUAUUACAAUUUUACGAUAUUAUUUACACAAUUGUUUACUUAUUGAUGGUAUACAUUUUGCUAAUGUCUAUACAUGUGAGCUGUCGUGGUGUCGGUCUGUCCCCUUGUGUGCCGUAGUCGGGGAGAGGUUUCCCCAUUAAAUUUUAAUAUUAAAAUUGCAAACAGACAAUUUACUCUAUUCCUUUUUGUAUUCAAUACAUUUGGAUUCUAA